AUGGUGAACAUUCCCCAAACCCAAAGAACUUUCUGUAAGAAGUGUGGCAAGCAUCAACCCCACAAAGUGACACAGUACAAGAAAGGCAAGGAUUCUCUAUAUUCCCAGGGAAAGCAGAGUUGUGACAGGAAACAGAGUGGCCAUGGUGGACAGACUAAGCCAAGUUUCUGGAAGAAGGCCAAAACUACACAGAAGAUUGUUCUGAGGCUUGAGUGUGUGGAGCCCAAUUGUAGAUCAAAAAGAAUGCUGGCUAUUAAGAGAUGCAAGCAUUUUGAACUGGGAGGAGAUAAGAAAGGGCCAAGGGAUCCAUACCUCACAUUAGACAAGGGUUCAGAGAAUAAUCAGCUUUCUCGAGACCUGCUCCAGGUUGCAACUGGUGCCAUAACUGAGUCUUCAAUAGUCCCUCCCAUCAUUCUAUCAAGCCAGCUACUUCAUAAUGGUAGAGAACACGGCAAGACCAGUGAAUGCAACAAGUACAGGCCCAGUGCUCCCUUGUGGUGA